UAAACAGUUAUUUCUGGGUGUCGAAAUAAGCACUCACGACAGGUAACUUGUUCUCAUCGUUCAAUUCAUAUUUGGACAACAUUAGCCGGCUAAUUUAGCAAGGUUAACUCUGUUAAAUAACACUAGUGUUCUUCGGACGGCUGUGUGGUAUUUUAGGUUUAGCUAGAUACCUCAACAGAGGAUGCUGGAGUCAAUAAAAGUAACAGAAAGACUUCACUGGCCAGAAGCAGAAAUGUCCAAAAAGUGCAUCUUAAACUCUGCUGACAAGGUUGUGAGUCCAAGCCAAGUAUAUCUGGAGAAGAUUUCUUCCAGUGUUCUCAAAGACCUCUUCAGCACUGGCUCCAGCAGCUGCAACAUACUGCUGCAGGGUGAAGAGGAAGAUUGGGAGAGCCCAAAGCAGUCUCUUGGGCCAAAAACAUCAGAGAAAUGUGGUGCCACACUUGGUAAAAGAAACCAUCCAAGUAUGGCUUUUAAAAAGGUGCGUGCUCAAGAAGGUGGUGGGAAGCCUGCACAGACAAACUGUGUCUUCUCAGACACAAACUCCAGUUUCCCUAAACCAGCACGAAGCAUCGCAGUGGUGGGCAGCACAAUGGGCCUAAUGCCUCGUACAGUUCCACAGCUCAGGAAGAUGUGCUUUGCCAAUUCGCCUCACACUAAACUUCCCUCAUUGCACAAAGCAGCACUCAAACGUGAAGUGGAAAAUGCCAAGAAGCUCUGCAUCCUUACAGCCAUCAAGCCCACUAAUGUGGAGAAAGAGAAGGCCAAGUUUUUCAAGUCUCACUUCAGCUACAAUCCACAGUUUGAGUACAGCAACCCUGUCUCUCCGCUUGUCCUGGCACGGCAUAAUAACGCCUCAGAUCGCUUCCUAACACAGGCAGUGCACAUCAUGGAGCUCGCCCUGCUGCGAUAUGGCAGCUAUGAGAAGUUUGAGCAGGUCACUGGGGGGAACCUCCUCACCAAGAGUCGCAUCUGGCACAAUGUCAAGAAAUAUAUGGAGAAGGAAGGAUGCAUGGGGGAGAUAGUAGUCCAGGUGACAGAUGACCUCCUGUCCAGAGCCUCCAUGACAGUGGUGAACAGUAGACCCACACUUACCAUCAACAUCUCCACUGCACGAGAGCACUGGCUGGAGGGCAUGCUGAGGCAUGAGAUCGGCACACAUUAUUUCCGAGGCAUCAACAACUGCCACCAGCCGUGGAGCAGCAGCAUGGGCAGGAAGAAGCACAACCUGAAGCCCUUGAACCCCACAGAGGAGGGCCUGGCCAGCAUCCACAGUGUCCUGUUCAGGAAAGACCCCACUCUGUGGCGCGCUGCCCUCCUCUACUACACUGUCUACCAGGCCAGCCACAUGUCCUUCUCUCAGCUCUUCCACAACCUGGGACGCUUUGUCCAGGACCCCAACACCCGCUGGGACUACUGUGUCAGAGCCAAGAGAGGCCAGACCGACACAGCACAGCCAGGGUGUUUCAGUAAAGACCAGGUCUACCUGGAUGGCAUCCUGAAGAUCCUAAGAUACAGGGACAAGAUCAACUUCCCACUGCUGAUGGCUCUGGGAAAGGUGUCGUUCGAAGAUGUGGACCGCCUGAAACCAGUGGCUCAGAUGGAGAACAUCCGCAUCCCACACUUCAUGCAGGACCAGGGGAGGUAUGUCGAGGAACUGAUGAAGAUCAUGGUGGUCAACCAGCUGACUGACGAGGAGCUCAAGACCAUCAUCUGACCCUGCUGCACCCCCUGCACAAUCUUGAUCAGACCUGAAUAAACGCUCACACUGCUGCCAGCCAUGGUCUGCAUGCCUCAACACCGUCAGCAUGUGUUUGUGUGACUUGUGCAGUGUCCUGUAUUGCAUGUAGUGAAGACUUCUUAGAUUUGUUAGAUUUCUCCUCUGAUACAGUGAAUCACCCCAAGAAUCACUCAAUGUGUUGUGUUUAGAGCUGGAUGAAGUUUAUACCAGUGCCACUACAAUACCUAAGUUACUUCAUCAAUACAGACGGGACACUUUUUACUCCACCUUACCUUUACUUUUCUAUAACUUUUAACAAGCAUUUGGUGCCAACUUUGUUUACUUGACAGUUUCUAAUACUCAGUUUGGUUUAGGAACAUUUUUUUCUAAUAGUGUCUCAAUAGCUUCACAAGCAUGGUUUUCAAAAUAGAGUUAAUAUCCCGUGAAGACCUAAAUCAGGGCCUGACUGAGAUUUUUAGGGAUUUUAGGGCUACGUCCACACUACUACGUUUUAGGUUUAAAACUCUUUUUCUAUGUUUACUCCUGCUGUCCACACAACUCUAACUCUGCUGGAUCUAUUUUAGUUUGAAAAGUCUGUGCUUGCGUUGUAGUCUGGAUGGACAAAAACUGGAAAAUGGACAGAGUCCUUUGUAAACGGCAUAGACAACCACAGUCGCUCCCUGAUUCGGUCUCAUCAGCCUCGACUGCUAGCGUUACUGACCUUGUCGUUUUUGCCAGCAGCUGUUUGCUGUUCCUCAGUCG